UGACCGUCUCGCACGUGACACCCGGGCAAUCACUAUCUCUCUCGUUUUCUCGAAUCAUCAUCAUCAUCAGUCUUCUUCUUCCUUCUCCUCUCUUACUUUCAAGCUCAUCUCUUGCGCUCUCUCUGUCAGGACUAACCACUCGGUGUCAUUUCAUGGCUUUUGCUCAUUACUUAGUUGCCGUUCCCACUGAACCCUCAAAUCUCACAAAAGCUGCACUCUUUAGCACCUCCUCCCCUCCUCCUCCUCCUCCUCCGCUUUCUUUUAAUAAAAAUCACUCUGAUUUAACUUUAUCUUCUACUUCACUGAAAACUAAAGCACGCAAGCUAUCUAUAUUUCCCAAAUUCCGUCGCACUGGACAGAAAGGAAAGGCGAAGGCGAAAGAAUCAGAAGUGAGUUUAGCAGCCGAGGCGUUUACUAAUUUCAAGCAUUUGUUAUUGCCAAUUACUGAUACGAAUCCUUAUCUCUCCGAGGGAACGAGACAGGCUGCUGCAACUGCUGCAGCAUUGGCGAAGAAAUACGGUGCUGACAUUACGGUUGUAGUUAUUGAUGAGAGGCAGAAAGAGUCGUUGCCCGAGCAUGAAACCCAAAUGUCUAGCAUUCGCUGGCAUCUAGCAGAAGGUGGGUUCCAGGAAUUCAAGUUGUUGGAGCGACUGGGCGAAGGAAGCAAGCCCACUGCCAUAAUUGGUGAGGUUGCUGAUGACCUAAGCCUGGAUUUGGUAGUCAUCAGCAUGGAGGCAAUUCAUUCCAAGCAUGUGGAUGCAAACCUGCUUGCUGAGUUCAUCCCCUGCCCUGUCUUACUCUUACCUUUGUAGAUUGUAGUUAUUUCGCUACUUAGCAGUGACCGAAACGCAUUGCAGGUGCAAGUUUUUUACUGGUACGCUUCUGGUUGGAUCCAGCCUGUUCAGCUUUUUUUCUUGUUGAUUAUGUUCUUAGUAGGCUUGUGGCUGGGCAAGCGAGAAGAAGCUGUUCUUAAACAUUAUGUUAACAUAAGCAGGUGAAUCUUAUUCAACCACCAAA